AAGAGAGAGAGGGAGAGGGGGGAACGAAGCGCCAUCCUCGUCUAUUGAUCGUCGGUGGCCAUCCAAGAUGGCGCCGAGGGUGGCGUUCGCGCUCAGUCUGAUCCUCGUCAUCGGACACUUUGAGGAAGGACCGGCUUCCCUAGCCAAGACUUUCACGUUUCCAGAGUACCCCUACAAGGAAACUACCAAGAACGAAUUCCUCUUCCGACAAUUCGAGCAAGCUUGCGAAGAGAGCGGUGCUUGCAAAAUGUUAUCGCAACAGGCGAGCAGCGUCGCCAAAACACGAUGCAUCCGGGAGUGCGUUUCUCCUUCUUGCUAUAAAGAAAUUUAUUUGUUCGAUCAGCUGGAGGAAGGAGAGAUCGACGUCAGGUUAAAUUCUUUUAAGGGAUGUUUUAUGCAACGUAACGGACGUCCGCGCAAAUAAAUAAGACAUGCCUUUCGAUCCGUCAAAAGGUCGAUGUAUUAUCUAUUGCUAACCGCUAUCCUGGGAAAGUCAACGUUCUUUCUGCUUACGUCGGCGACGAACAAGCGGAUUUUGAAAAAGAAGAACUAGCUAAACAAUAAAGAGACGUUUUAUUCACAUCUUUCGCGACAACAUUUAGAUUUGACAUUAGAUAAUCUUUUUCUACUUUUUGUAUGCACAAACUACUGUAAUACCAAUAGAAUAUUGCACAGCAUAUUAAUCAUAAUUUCCAAACCUCACCUUCCUCGUUUCCAAAGAUACGAACGUUCGUCAUCUUGUAACCUUUGAAGAAUGAUAACUAAACAAAGAUAUUUGUAUAAAAAUUGUAACGACGGAGAAUACUAUUUGAAGAAAUAGACGCGAUGUAGAAGCGAUAUAAUCGUACUCACCGCAUGAUACAAUCGUGUACAAGCCUCGUCUUCGUCCUUGGAUUUGAGAAAAUUCAUAUAUUCCGAUAAUUGUUCCAUAGUUUCGUCAAAAGGUGAUUUGAACAAAGAUCUUGAGUUAAACGGUACUUCUUCGUCGCUGUAUAUCUUUCGAUAGCGAAGCCACGUGGUGACAAAAUGGAGAAAAUGAGAAGACAAGUAACGUGUUUUUGCUACACCGAUGACGAGGUCGUAGUUACUAAUGGCAGUGCAUAGAUGAUACAUCAGUUUCUCUACUUUGACGUGACAAAACUUGAGAACGUCGGUUAGGCAUUGAUAAACAAUUUCUCUUUCCACUGGAAUACUCUAUCGUGAAAAUGAUCAAACGAUAAAAUCGACUAAUCGACCCGUUAUGACCUUACCUUUACAUCGCCCUUACGCCCCGGCUCACCUUCGAGUGAAUAACAUGAAGCAUCUCGUAAAUAUCUAGAAUCGUUGUGAUUUCAUCUUUAUCCGGUGUGUUAAAGGGAACGCUUUUCAAUGUUACAGCCAUUCCUGCAUUGUUUUGACUCAACAGCUCGUGUAAAAAUUCCAAGCCAUUUGGACAAACCAGUCGUGACUUUUCCAUAAUCCACAAAAGGGCAUAUAAAUCACGUAUUUCAAUCGUUACGGGUUUGACGCACUAUAAAUAAAAUAUUCUUUAAGUAUAUUCCACGAUAUCACUUUUUAUAUUAUAAUAAUCAUUUAUCAAUUAUCAUAUUUCCGUUUUCUCUUACCUCGAUCGAAGAUUGCGAUUGAAAAUGAAUAAUAAAAGCGAGAAAUUUCAAUGAUAUUGCAGAUAAUGUCGAUUCGUCUUCGGAAAACGCAUAAUCGCGUAAUUUCUCCAAUAAUCUCGUUUCAUUUAUGUACUUAGAAAGAACUGUAAAGUGUAAAAUUCUUCCUUUUAAUUGUAUUUUUCAUUUAUCAUAUAUUCUAGUACCGUUCUAUCUUAGCCUGGUCCUUUCGGUGCCACUUACUUUUUAAGUAAUUGCGUGCCGUAGAAGCGACAAGUACGAUGUAUGCCUGCUUUAUAAGUAAUUUCUGAAAAUUAACAUCUACGUCUUCGGUUAAAAUUAUUUUUAUGAGAGCGUCUGCGCACACCUUCAUUGUAUGCGUUGAUAAAUAAGUAGGCUCCGACAUACUGGAUAAUUCAAGCACCGCUUUAAUAUGUUCAACUACAAAUAAUGUCAUAAUAUGUGUGUGUGUGUGCGUGCGUGCGUACGUGCGUGCAUACACACAUGCAUAUAUAUAUAUAUAUAUAUAUAUAUAUAUAUAUAUAUAUAUGUAUCAAUAUGGACGAUAACAAAGAUGAAGAAACGUCUAUUGUAGUACAACAUAGAGAAAGUAUAAACAUAGAAAUUAAAUACUUCGAUUUGGGCUGCCAGAUAGGAGAACAUUUGGGAGCAUGUUCCAAACUAUGUCGGCAAUCUCGUCGCAAUUACCAAUCAGCAUCGAUUGACGUAUUCCUUUUACAGCUAAACGAACCACGCUUCCGUCGAGGCUUCCAUUUUGUACUAUAAUCUGCGUUUAAAAGAUUAUCGUAAGCGAGAUAAUGAUGUAAAUUUAAAGACACGUAACUCUUCAAGAGUCAUAAGGUAAUAAGAGGGAUAGUAAGAAACGUUGCGUCUACCAGUAAACAAUGUCUAACGACGCUGUGACAAUCGAGCUUCAAGAGAGGUGCGAUGUCACCAUCGGAUUCUAUCAGCCACAUAUCCAUUACUCUGUAUCGUAAGUCGUUCGUUAUCUCGGGACAUUUGAGAGAAAAAUGUAAGAGCUCGAUGUGAUGAGUGUAACACUGACUUAAUUCCGAGUAUUGUAAAGCCAUUGUUAAUUUUUUCACCGCUUUUCCAUACUCGCAGUUUUUGUCCGGUAAUGGAUGAGACAAAAAUGACACCUAGGUAAUAGACAUUUUACAAUGAUAAAAAGACCAAAACUCAUGUAGAAUAGACAAUUUCUAUCUUGUCGAUAAAAACGAAUAGACUCACAGCGAAUAAAAACCAUAAUGGCUUUAGAAUUGGUACGAUUAUCGAUCGAACGUCUUCUAAUUUUAACAAUCUUUUUAUCAGAGAUUCGAACGAAAUCACGUCGAGUCUGAAACAAAACGAUAAUCAGUCCUUCAAAAACGACUAUUUACGUAUAUACAUUAAAUAAGAAAUAUGAGAGAGAGAGAGAAUAAGGCAAGAAAAACUCACUCCCUGGUCGCAUGAUAAUGAUAGUAAAGGGAAAUCAUUAAAGCCGUAUUACGAUCAUCGGAACUCGCAAUUAUGUCGGUCCACUGUUCGAGAUCAUUCGGUAGAGAGAGAAAUCCAUCAAACAUCCUACUUGAAAAUACAUUAACGCCUUCGGGCAACUUGUCGAUCGAUAAAGAGUAUUUCGCUAAAGUGAUCAAUGUCCGCGUCAGUAAGAUACAAAUACUUCGUCGUUGGUGUAAUCUGAAGGAUUUUUGUAUCUAAUUAAAAAAAAA